UAAGGCUAACUUAUUUGCUUUGAGUGUGUCAAUAUCGGUGUAGACAGAGUUUAUGAGUUAGCUAAUAACCAGAUUGUACUAUUUAGCCAGUGGACUGCUUGGCUUUGAUUUUAACAUCUGAUAGUGGAUGAGAUUUAUCAUCAUGGAUCAACUUUAUGCUGUACAGUUCUUCUAACAUCUGGAGUUUGUCUCUGCUUCUUGGUAGCAACGUGGCACAUACCAAACUAAAGUGAAAGACCGUGAUUUCAUUGUGCAUUAGAUGAUCCACAGUCUGUUCUUGAUCAACCCUUCGGGGGACAUCUUCCUGGAGAAGCACUGGAAGAGUGUGGUCAGUCGGUCGGUGUGUGACUACUUCCUGGAGGCCAAAGAGAAGGCCCUGGAACCUGAGGACGUUCCACCUGUCAUACACACCCCUCAUCACUACCUCAUCAGCAUCUACAGGGACAAGCUGUUCUUUCUCUCCAUCAUCCAGACGGAGGUUCCUCCGCUGUUUGUCAUUGAGUUCCUGCACCGCAUCGCAGAGAUGAUCCAGGACUACUUUGGGGAGUGUUCGGAGACAGUCAUCAAGGACAACAUGGUGAUGGUGUAUGAGCUGUUGGAGGAGAUGCUUGACAAUGGGUUUCCACUGGCAACCGAAUCUAACAUCCUCAAAGAGAUGAUCAGACCACCCACCAUCCUCCGAUCUGUUGUCAACACACUGACAGGGACCAGUAAUGUUGGAGACACAUUGCCUACUGGUCAACUGUCGACCAUCCCAUGGAGGCGGGCCGGAGUGAAGUACACCAAUAACGAAGCUUACUUUGACGUGGUGGAGGAGAUUGAUGCCAUCCUGGACCAAUCAGGUACGACAGUGUUUGCAGAGAUCCAGGGCGUGGUCGAGGCGUGUGUGAAGCUGUCUGGGAUGCCCGACCUCACACUCUCCUUCAUGAAUCCUCGUCUCCUUGACGAUGUGAGUUUCCACCCCUGUGUUCGCUAUAAACGCUGGGAGUCUGAGCGCGUCCUCUCCUUCAUACCCCCCGAUGGGAACUUCACCCUAAUGACUUAUCACGUCAAUGCACAGAAUCUUGUAGCCAUCCCAGUGUAUGUGAAGCAGAGCAUCAGUUUCUUUGAGAGUGGUUCUGGUGGUCGUCUGGACGUGACAGUUGGACCGAAGCAGACCAUGGGGAAGACGGUCGAAGGGGUGAUGGUCACGGUCCACAUGCCCAAAACUAUCCUUAGCGUCAAUCUGACUGCCACACAGGGCAGUUACAUAUACGACAAUGGUACCAAGUUGUUGGUGUGGGACAUUGGAAAGUUGAACCCACAGAAGCUUCCUAACUUGCGAGGUAGUCUGAGUCUGCAGGCUGGAGCCCCCAAACCAGAGGAGAAUCCCAGUCUGAACAUCGACCUGAAGAUACAGCAACUUGCCAUAUCAGGACUGAAGGUGAACAGACUGGAUAUGUUUGGGGAGAAGUACAAGCCUUUUAAAGGGGUUAAAUACAUCACCAAGGCCGGGAAGUUCCAGGUGCGGACGUGAAGAGUGAAACCUAAAGGUCAUAGGUCAACUAGCCAACGUGCCUAAUGCUCUGGGUCAAAGGUCAACUCUUAGACAUGCUAGGUGUCAACUCUUAUCCUCUCUAUUCGUAGUUCAGAGCCGUGAUAGGUCCAUUAUGACAAAUGUCUGAAGGUCGUAAAUGGGGUUCACAUCCCAGCGGACUAUUAUGGCUCUGCAACAGUGAACUAUGAAUUGAGCUUUCUACAUGCCCAGUGUCAACUCUUCUACCUUAUGCCUUUUAUAUCCCUAUACUCACUCUGUAUUAGGGACAGAGCCUGUAUUAAUAACUUAGUGGUUUAUUUAAAUGUUUAUUAUUUGGAUGGAAUGGAGUUGUUGGUCUGCGACGGGAAUUGUUUUGGACAAUCAACCUAUUAUUUCUCCUGUUUCCGGAAUUAAAUAACCUCUACGGAAUCCCCCUGUGUUCCAGCGCAUCUCUCUCUCUCUCUCUCUCUCUCUCUCUCUCUCUCUCUCUCUCUCUCUCUCUCUCUCUCUCUCUCUCUCUCUCUCUCUCUCUCUCUCUCUCUCUCUCUCUCUCCCUUUAGCAGGUAAAGAUUUAAUAUGAAGUUGUAUAUAAAGCAUAUUUUUUGACCAUUUUAUGACUAACAACCCUCUAAUGCUAAGUAACUGCAACCAAGAGUGGAAUCUCAUUUGGUCGUACAUGAUGUUAAUUAAUAUACAGGCUAGAAAUUACUGCAGGUAUUAAUAAAUAUACAUAAAGUCA